UGAAAUGUCAAGUCAAAAAACAAUCCUGAUAUUUACUAGGAAGCAAAGCAAAGUCCUGGUCUAAAACUAACUUAAAAAAUCAGCUGACGAGCCGUACACAUACAUACACAAACAAGGACAACGGAAAUGGGGGUUGACAAGGCUGCAAAGUCACAAGCUAUAUUUCAAUUUUAAAAGGAUUCUUUGCUAGGACAGCCCUAUCGUCAUGGAGGAGCGCGCCGUGCUGGCCAAUAUUGCCUCUAUAAUCACCAAGGAUCUGCUGAUUGACCAGCCGCCAGUGAACAUAACUUCCGGCAGCUACCCGCUCCUGACCACCGCUGAGGACGAUGAUGAGGCGGAGAUAUUUGCCCUGUUGCAGCAAAAGCGAGCAGCGACAGUCAGUCGAAAGCGCCGAGUGCUGGAGGAGUCGUUGGGCCAGAUACCUAGCCAAAAGGUUGCCAAGUUGGAGUGGAAUUACGCCGAAUUAAACCUGCUUCACCGCUACACAGACGUCCAGUUUGAGUCCUAUCUGCAUAUGCGUAAGCUCACAUUCCUGAAAGUCCAGCAAACCCUAGAGGAAACGUUAAGCGGGAUUACGUUACCCGGCUAUCCGACUCCGCCGACACAGACAAUGCUUUCGCUGGCCAUGUGGAAGCUAGCCACCGAUGAACACUUUGAGGAGAUUGCCCGGAAGUUCCGUCUGCCCUGGGCUCUGUGCCAGCAGGUGGUGCGUGGCUUCUGGCACUGCAUCUCGGACAACUACGAGAGCUUUAUCAAGUGGCCCAACUCGCUGGCAGCUCAGCGGAGCACCCUGCAGGGAUACCAACAGCUGGAGGAGCUACGCUGCUUCCGAGAACUUUUUGGCAUCAUAACUCUAAAGCGUCUGGACGUCUUCCUGGAAUCGGAGCACGCCGAGGUGCCGGUGGUGCUGCAGCUAAUCUGCAACGCGGAGCGCAAGAUCAUCGACUGCUAUGUGGAGCUUUUCAUCGAGUAUAGCUUCGAGGAUUCGCCAAUUGGCCAGACGCUGGCUCUGAAUCCCAGGACCAUGCCAGCGGGUAGCUAUCUCAUCGGGAAUGGCGUCUUUCCUCUAAAGUCCUACUUGAUGCGACCCAUCGAGGCCGAGUGCUUCCGCAAGGAUGUGGUAUUUAACGACCUGCUUCGACCUGCCUUUCAGGUUGCUGAGAGGGUCCUGGAUACAUUGGCUCGUCGUUUUAAUACCCUGUACGCCUUGGAGGCUCGCGAUUUGAACGAGGUGCGGCUCAUCGUUGAGAGCAUCUGUGCCAUGCACAAUCUCUGCGAGGAGUACGAGGACAAUGGACUGACGGACGAUGGUCAAAGCAGCUUUAGCUGGGGUGGGCCGGCGGAGGGUAUAAGGGGCAGUGAGAAGGAUUCCAAGGGAUUGCAGCGACGUGCGGAGCUCUUGGAUGAGCUGGUGGCCAUUGAGCCGGGUGAAUAA